ACCCUCUGCACCCCAGGCCCAGCGAGCAGCCCCCGACGCCGCCAUGGCCCUGUGGACGCGCCUCCUGCCCCUGCUGGCCCUGCUGGCCCUCUGGGCGCCCGCCCCGGCCCAGGCCUUCGUCAACCAGCACCUGUGCGGCUCCCACCUGGUGGAGGCGCUGUACCUGGUGUGCGGGGAGCGGGGCUUCUUCUACACGCCCAAGGACCGCAGGGCGCUGCCCGAGCUGCAGGGGGGCGAGGGGGAGCUGGGCACGGGCGACCUGCAGGCGCUGGCGCUGGCGCAGAAGCGGGGCAUUGUGGACCAGUGCUGCACCAGCAUCUGCUCGCUCUACCAGCUGGAGAAUUACUGCAACUACCCCCGCCCCCUGUGCCUGGGCUUGGGACAGAGCCACGGCCAGCUGCCCCGGAGGCCCCAGCCACGCUGCUCCGUGCAGAGCUACCCAAAUUUGGAGGGGCUGGAGGGACGGCAGCGUGGGGGGGCCGGGAGGACGAGGGGCCCGGCUAUAAACGCAGCUGGCGUGUGGCAGGUGCCUGCUCAGUGGUGGACGCCGCCCGCCCGCUGCCGAGGCCCCGCUGCCAUGCGAGCCCUCACGCUGCCCUUCACCAUCUCCCCGGCCCCGGCCUCGCCCCCCUCCUCGGCCACUUUGAGCCCCCCUGCCUCGGCGGCCGCAGCUGCUCAUAGCAGCCCGGCCGGCAGCUCCUCGACCGGCGGCUCCCCGGCCGGGCAGCUGGGGCAGAAAGCCUGGGGCAGCAGCGACUCCCCGGUCCUCUUUGUCCACCGCCCGGGAGCCUCGGGGGCCACCCAGCCGCUGGAGCACAGGGGCCGGAGGGUCACGGCCGAGCUCCAGGAGGAGGAGGCGGGGACGGACUCCAUCCCGCGGCCCCAGGACGCGGCCGCCCCGCCAGCUCAGCCCCCAGCUCAGCCCCCGGCCCGGCCCGCGCGCCAGCCCCGGCGGAGGCCCCGGCAGAAGCCGCCCAGAGCCGCCCGCGAGCACAGCCCCCAGGCCGGCUGCUGCGGCCUGUGCCCCUGGCUCGCCCGCCCGGCCCCCCAGCACUGAGCCGCCCCCACCCCCGGCCCC